AUGGCAGACAACAAACCCCUACCAACCUUCCUCACAAACACUGAGCUUCACCCUUCCUUUGAAGACGACAUCAAAAACACCCAUCUAAUCUACGACUACGCCGCCCAAUCCCCUGACGGCACACCCGAAACCUGGCGGUACGAAAUGUGGUUCUUCUCCUCUUCCCGAAUCGUCUACGCCAUCCACGGCGGUCCCAUGGCCGGCCGCAUAAACUAUCAAACCUGCACCUAUCAAUGCAUUCGUCCCCACGAACUCUGGCAGUGUAAUUGGUUGGAGGAGACUGGAACGAUUUGUUCGCUUGUUUAUGAUAUCAAGAUGCAGAAGAUUACGACGUUGAUUGCGUUUAGCAAAGGGCAUUGGGAGAAUGCGGAGGAGGCUAGGGGGGAUAAGAGGGAUGGUGAGGUGUUUGAGAGGUGGAGGGGUUUGGCGAGGGUGGGGUCGCAGGUGGAGAGGUUUAUGUUGAGUGAGCAGGCGGAGAUCAAGGAGAGGUUCAAGGGGAAGGGAGAUUUGGUGCCUAUUGAGGAGGAUGCUGUGACGUUCUAG